AUGGAGAGAGCGGAAGCCCUAGCAGUGGACCCGGAGUCGGGUCUAAGGCAAGAAAACAUGAGGCAGAAAAUGAGAAGGGUGGUGGAAAAAAUGAGCUGGAGUUUUGGAAAAAUCGUCGCAAUGUUCAUCGCGGGGCUGACGGUUAUGCAGCCGUACCACGCGGCGAUAGCGGGCUCGAGGUUCGCAAUAAGAAGGUUCGCAGUGCCGGAGGAGCUCUCUUCGAUAUACGUGUCCAAGUACCACACAGCGCUGCAUACGCUUAACAUGUUCGGAGUGAUCGUGGUGAACGUGUACAUGUGGUUCUACGGCUCAACACACCUGAGGUUCAACCCGCUGCUCUCAGUCUUCACGAACUUCCUGGUCUCGGCGGCGCACAUAGGCCUGGUGAUAGCAUACAUGGUGAGGUCGGAGAGGGACCUGACGAUGUACUACUGGUUCUCAGCAGCAGGAGCCUUCAUAUCGGGAGUGAACCAGGCGUUCGUGGCCUCGGUGGGCGUCGAGUACCUGUCGUUCUUCGUGUGCGGCCUGCAGUUCACAGGGAUAGGAGUGACGCUCUUCCACUCCCUCUUCAUGUCACUCGCGAAGCUGGCGCCGACUCUGGACGUGGACUACUGGAUAAUAGCAGUGCAGCUGAUGCUGUGCGCAUCAGUGGCAGUGACGUCGCUGCUGCUAUGGAACAACUACUUCGGCCAGGGAGAUUUAAGUAGAAUGCUCCAGGGGAAAACGAUAGAGGGAGACAAGAAGGACCAAAUACCGGAAAUAGAUGUUAGUAGAGGGGCAGGGUUGUAUAUAGACAAAGAACAGAAAGUGAACAAACGUAGUGCUGGAGCGACACCUAGAGCCACAGUCCCAGCUAAUGGUAGAGGCAAAGCUAGGGGUAGAGUUAAGCGUAAAGUUGUGUUCAUGCCCAGGAUGCAAGGUAGGAAUCCUGGCGCCAGGAAUGCGAGGACCGCUAGGAGUCGUAGUAGACGUGCACGUGACUUGAGAUCAGCAGAUGUCCCUGUGACGCUAGCAAGCACCAGAAUGGAAUCGACAGAUGAUUUGAGCAUGUCGCACGGAUUAUCCAGAGAGGACAGUUUGCCAAGCACAAGUCAGCAUUUAGACGGCAGCGAGUUUGCAAAUGGAGAGUACGGAGAACAUGAGUCAACUGAAUAUCCGGCGAGGCUGGCAGCAUCGACGAGUGAUUACUAUGGCUAUGACAUAAGUUCGCUACCUGACGGAAGACAGACUAAUUACGGUAACGGAGGUACACGUUAUAGCAGUGGACGCAGCACUACCGGUAGGAACGUAGGAUUGAGCGUGGAUCACGCGGGUCAAGGAGUUGAAAUCGCCGAUCCAGGAAGAGCAGAUAGGCACACAGUGCAGCAACCGAAGCCUAACAUAUUUAUUAGUUUGAAGAUAGCGAGGUCGCCAAUACUGAUGUCGGCGUUCUCAAUGAGCAUGGCCUUCUUCUUCUACCCCUCAGUGGCACCGUAUAAGCUGGCGGAACUAGUGGAAGCGCACAAAAUUGACCUCUCAGUGCUAGUGGUGGCGGCAGUGCCGACAAUCGCAGUGUGUGUGCUCUGUCUGAUCGAAAGCGGCCCGAAUAAAAGGUGGGAGGGAAAAGACCAGUACUGGCACUACUACUGGUACCUGGCGCUGCCGUACCUCUUCGCCUGCGUCUCCUUCGCAGUGGCCAUGCACUACCCAACCACGCGCUACGCGAGGUUCGUGAGGAACCCAGUGGCACUGGCCUUCCUGACGGUGGGAUACGCGGGAGCGGGAAUGCAGGAGGGCCGGAGAAACCCGACCAUCUCGACCUUCAACAUGAUGUUCUCGUUCCUGCUCCUGUUCACAGGAGUGUUUUGGGGCUCGGGCUACAUAAAGCUCUACAACAGGUACACGCCAGAAGAGUGGCCAACGAGAGGAAUGUCGGCGGUCAAGGCGUUUGUGUACUGGGCGAAGCACUCCUUCGACGCAGGAUUCACGAACUUCACGAAGAUAGUGACCAAUGACCUGAUGAGGGACAUAAUGGCGACGACGCCCUCUGAGUGA